CGUCCGCAUCUUGAAAGCCGCCAGCCUCGCAGCAACACCCCCAAGGUCGCCCCUUUCAAAGCGUUAUCGACACCACCUCUCUAUCCGAUCCAAGACCAAGUUCAGCCCCCACCGCACACGCCUUCCCAAUCGCCCAUCCAAGUCGCUCGCUGCUUCCCGCCACUGCACGGCUGCAUUCCCUCCUUGCGACCUCGCUCUCUCGCCUCCCUUGGUUUCUUUGGUCGCUUCUCUGCUUCUGACGUUGCCUGGGCUAUUGAAGCUCCCCCAUUAGAUUGCGGGUGCAUCUUUGUAUCUUGAUCGCUUGGCACCUCCUCCUCUGCCUCCCCGCUCUCCCAUCCCUUUUGCCUUUCACCUCUCUUCUUCUCAGUCCUCGCCAUGGCCUCGCCAUCCAAGUCGUUCUUCCGGAGCCGGAGCAGCAGCUUGAGCCAAGGCGCUCACCACCACCAUCCGCAACAGUCGCAGCUGUCAACGUCGCCCCCUAUCUACGUGGACUCGGAUCGAGCCGAAGUCUCGCAAUCCUUCCAGGGCCUCGUCGAUGCCAUGAUGCUGAUGUCGACCUCGCCCACCAAUUCUCCGCUCUCGAAGCUGAAGCCCCGGAAUUCGUUCAAUCUUUAUCAGGCCUUGGUUUUUGAAAACACCAUCCCUCCGAGUUAUCUCACAAAUCUUCGCGGCGCCAUCUUCCGUUCGUGCAGAUUCGGCGGCUCGCAGUGGGAGCGGCCAUCGUCGUCGUCCAACCACUUCACCGACGUUGCUUUCUAUGAUUGCGAUCUGAAGGGAAGCAAUCUGCAGCAUCUGACCUUUGACUGCGUGCUCUUCCAACGAUGUGAUCUGCGGCAAGUCCGGUUUAGCAAUUCGUCCUUCUUCCGCAAGAUUCGGUUUGAAGACUGCGAUCUGCGCGGCGCCCAGUUCGAGGACUGCAACUUUUGGGAGCUGCAGAUCAUGGACCACUGCACGCUGGACUCGUCGUCGUUCCACAACUCGUACAUCAACACCCUCGCCAUGUCUCCGUCAUCGUCAUUACGGAUAGCCAACAUUAGCGGCCUGUUGAUUUCAAACCUCGUCCCCGUGAGUGAGAUCUCUCGCGAAGGACAUCCUCUCAGCUCCACCAACAGCGAUCAGCCCGAGACCGACAGCGAGAGCCAAGACGAUGCCUCGGACGAGAUUCGCAUCGACCCGAGCGACGUUGCGGCGCUGGCUCGGUCAACCAAAGCAGCGGCCGAUGCCCUCAAGCGGGCGUCCGGAUCCGACCCGAUUGCACAGCACCAGCACCACUCGACCAGCAUGCUCAAGUCCAUUUCGAUCCCGCACUUUACGGCCAAGCUCGCCAGCCUGUCGCGCAAGUCCUCCAACACCUCGAAUCGGCUGGAUCCCGAGGGCGCCUCAGCGUCGGUCCUGGGCACUUCGCCCAUCAACAUUUCGCACCGGCCGCGUAGCGACCUUUACGACCCGAAUCAGUCCGCCUCCAGCCCGGACGCGGCCCUGCUGAUGCCGACCCGAUCGCUCAAUCCCGCCUCGGCGCUGGUGUCGGGAUCGAACGAAGAUAUCCACGCCAAGUCGCUGGCGGGCGACCUGAACAAGGAUCCUGGUCCAGGAAGUCCGCCUGGGGAGACCGUGGCGGCCUCGAGCCCGGCCAGCGCACACACCCCGGUCAUUCAUGUGGCCCCAAGCACCCAGUGGCCCCUGCGCAUGGCCGAGUUGAUCCAUCUGGCCUGGGGCGGAGCCUACUUUGGCAGCGGCGCCUCGGAUCGAUACAAAAGCCGGCUAAAGAACGGCGGCAAGGUGCCCGAGAAGGAGCAAGAAGGAUGGGCACGAACCUACGCCUGCCUGCAGAAGAUUGCGAAUGGCGACUUCAAAGACAUUGACAACAUUUACUAGCGUCUUUGCCUGCCUCUGCUCUCCCCCACUUCUUCC